AUGAUUCAGUUGAUUGCUCUUGAAGAGCAUUACGUCUCUUCAGCAGUCAUUCGAGCUCAGAAAGUUGACCGUUAUGCCAAUUUCCCUCCUCAUAUUUCAGCCAAAUUGAAGACCCUUGGUGAAAGCCAACUGCGAGACCUAGACAACGGCAAUGUAUCAGUUCAAGUGAUCUCGCAUGGUCCUGGUAUUCGACCUCCAGCACUCUGUGGUGCAUCCAACGAUGUACUUGCCUCUGCUACACGCGAAAGCUCUCGGACGAGGGGUUUUGCCAUGCUUUCAAUGAAUAACCCCGCCACAGCUGCCAAGGAGCUUGAACGAUGUGUUAGGGAAUUGACAUAUGUUGGCGCACUGGAGGAUAACCAUGUCAACGGGGAAUUCUACGACAACGAACGUUUUUGGCCAGUAUUUCAAAAGGCAGAGGAACUAGAUGUACCCAUGUAUAUCCAUCCCUCCUUUCCAACCGAAGAGCAUUCAAGACAUUAUUAUGGUAACUACAAUGGUAACAAUAAGAAAUUUGGCCUUGCUCUUAGUGCAUUUGGUUGGGAGUGGCACUCAGAAACUGCCUUGAGUAAUUUGAAGCUGUUCGCUAGCGGCUUCUUCGAUCGCUUCCCGAAAUUCAAAAUAGUGAUUGGGCACAUGGGAGAGAUGAUCCCAUUCCAACUUGAGAGAAUCAUCAAUACAUCAGAGGGCUGGGGGCUAAAGCGAGGAAUGAGGGAAGUGUGGACCCAGAACAUCUGGGUCACUACGAGUGGCAUGUUUGCUCAUCCUCCUUUUGAGUGUUUGUUACGGACUAUGGAUAUCAGCCAUGUACUAUAUAGCGUGGACUAUCCAUUCUCAUCAAACGAAACAGGUCUAGCUUUCUUUGAGGAGGUUCAGAGAAGCGGCUUGCUUUCGAAAGACGACUUGCAAAAAUUCGCAUACCGAAAUGCCGAAGACUUGCUUGGUGUCAAGGCAGCUUCGGUUUUAUAA